GCUCGGCGCGGGGAUGCCCGGCUGGGAGCGCCCGGCUCCGCCAGGAUGAAGAAGCACCACCACCACUCGGUGCAGGGCACCUUCAGCCGCCUCUUCGGGAAGCGCCACUCCAGCCCCACCGCCACGUCCCUGUUCGCCACCAACCCGCCCUGGAUCUUCACUCAGGAGGUGACCUCGGACAGCGCGGGUGGCACCGGUGAUGUGAUCGAGGUGUAUUACGGUGACAAUCGCUUUGGGACAGUGACAGACUCUGGCACAGCAACACUUAAACCUCGUCCCAGGGUCCGGCCGCUGCUGACUUUCCUACCCCUGAAUGCCCAAGAAUCCCAUGGGGUGGCUGUGCCAACGCCCUCAGUGCCAGAAGACUUUGAGGAAAAAGCAGCUCUUGGCUCUGGCUCCCGGAUCAAUGGCAACUACCGGAUGUACAGCUCCGUGGGGGACCUGCGCCCACAGGCUCUGGAGGGGAAUGACCUGGAUGAUGACAUCCCCCCACCACCAUCAGUACCCCCACCGCCCCCUCCAACAGCACCGGCGCCUGUGCCACCCCCUCCGGCCUCGCCGGUCCCUCCACCCCCCGAAGUGCUGCCGCCACCGCCGCCUCCGCCACCCGAGCUGGUGCCACCCCCUCCUGCCGUGGCAGCUCCGCCACCUCCAGCCUCUGCCCUGUCCUCCCCCAGCACACCAGCUCCUCCAGACUUCAUCCCCCCAGCCCCACCGGGUGCCUCGCUGCUCAUCCAGGACCCGGCGCCCUUCGCCUCCGGCAUCUCCAAGUGGAAAUCCGAGACGGUGCUGAACACGAGGCAGGCGGACGCCGAGGGGCCUCUCCGCCCUGCCGAGCCCGGGGUGCCCGCUGCCCCCAGCCCCAAGGAGAGCCUGCAGCCCAAGCACUGCCCCGAGCCCCACCUCACGUUCCCCAGGUCCUUCAAGGUGCCCCCGCCGGCCCCGGCCCGCUCCUCCUCCAUCCCCGUACAGGAGAACCAGCCGGUCCGGCAGGAGCCCUUCCCGAGGCAGCCGCACACCCGGCCCCCCCUCCCGCCCUGCUUCACCAUCAGACCCGCGGCCAAGGCUCGUGGGGGGGGAGAAGCCGAGCAAAGGAAACCUGCCACGAAGCCAGCUGUGCUGACACCCCCGCCCCUGAGCCCCAAGCCGGGCCCAGGGCUCAACCAAGGGGCGAGUCCCGCCGGCCACCGGUCCCCUCUGCCCGAGGUGGAGAAGAUUCCCCCGCUGAAAACAGCCGGGAGAGACUCCCCUCCAAAACCUGAGCCUCUCACUGCCAACGACCUGGAUCUGCCCCCUCCGGACUACCCGACCUGCGAGGAUGACUGGAAGGACGCCAACAACCUGAACCAGCUGCGGCACGAGCUGUCGGCCCUGCUGCGCUCCCCGCGCAGGGAGGAGAGGCCCGUGGAGAAGCCGCCUGCUUCCCAGCCCAUGGACAGCAGGACCAGCCGUGCUGGCAGCCGGGAGCCCGCCAUCAGUGAGCCCCAACCUGCUGGGAAGGACACGGGGUUACCUAAGGGAGGGGACAGUGAGAAGAAAGAGGUGCCCAGCAGCCCCCCCAGCACCAACGGGGGCUCUCCCAGCACGACGGUCACCGCUCCGGAGAGCAGCCCUGCCACGCACACCCGCAGCGUGAUGACGAUCAGGAACGAGCUGGAGGCUGUGCUGUCCCUGAAGAAAGAGGGGAAACCUGCCCCAGGGCCCGGGGGCCAGAAGCAGGGCACUGAGAAUGGCAUCAGCACCCCACAUGAGAGGAAGAGCCCCCCUGACCUGAAGAAGGGUCCCCAUGAAGCAGGUGACUCGCUGCUGCCAAAACUGGUCCCGAGCCCACUUCCAGCACCAGUGGCUGCUGUGGAGAAGGAUGAGACAGAUCACGAGGACCAUCCCACUCUUACCACUGGCAAGGCCACAGAGGACUUGACCCCUGCUCCUGGGUCCCUCAACAGCAGCCUGAGCCCCCCAGACCCACCUCAGGGACCAGCAAAGGAGCCCUCUGCUCCCACCUCCCCCUCACCCUCUGUCUCCCCCGCAGAGAGCCCGGCAGCACAGCCCAGCACGACCGUGUUCCAGUACAAAGUGCACCGGGCUGGGGCCAGCUCAGCCGAGCCUCCCUGUGCCCCAGGCUCAGCUGAGCCACCUCGCCCCGGGAGCUCGGCCAGGAGCCCCCCAGGCACCUCUGGAGCGGGGCAGGAGGAGGUGCUGAUCCACCCAGUGACGGGGGAGCGGGUGGAGCGGGGUUCCCCCAUGGCCCUGCUCCUGGCAGCCCGGCAGCGCGCCCAGCGGGGCCGCCAGGGCGGGGACGUGGGGUCUGCACUGCGGGCGAAGCCCCCCCUGAAACUCAGCAGUGCCUCGUCGGACACCACCUCCACCAGCUUCUUCCGCCACGAGUCUAAGCCCUACUCCUUCACCGUGGUGCCCCGGCCGUCUGCAGCAGGUUCAGCGGGGUCUGGAUGGAGCAAACCUCCCUCCUUCUCCAGCUCCUCGGACCAGGGCCGGGACGUGCGGGCGGUGGGCGAGGCGCAGCCCCCCGGCCUGCCCGGGCACCGACGAGCUGCUGCCUCCAGCCUGCUCCGGGGCCUCCUGGACUCCGGGCAGCCAAACCAGCCCAUCCCAUCCCGCCACGCCGUGCCCAGGGAGGAGGAGAACGGGGAGACGGCGCUGGACUACGGGAUUAUCCCCCCACCCCCCGAAUUCAGCAACGAGGCGGACGAGGGUCCCCUCCCGAGCCGGGAGGAGAACCGCAAGUGCCCCAGCUUCCCCGACUGCAGCCGGGGCGCGGAGGAGCCGCGGUACUUCAGGUGGCCUGGCUACGGGGGCCGCUACGGGGGCAACCACGAGGCGCCAGCCCCGCUGCCCUCGGAGAAGAGCCGGAGGAACGGUGAUUUGACGCCCCAGUUCCCGGAUUACAGCAGCUCCAGCGGCUACUCCGGCCGCGAUCCGAACCCCCGCCCGCUGAUCAAGAAGCGCCUGUACGUGUCCGAGCCCGACAGCUCCUACCCCCGGGUGGCUGCAACCCCCCGGGCCACGGGCACCCUCUCCUCCUACGGCCCCGGGGGGUUCAGCGCCGUGGGUGGGGAGGGGUCCCGCCGCCUGGGCCCUGCCCUCAGGAACGGCCCCUCGGGGGUGCAGGGCAGGCGCCCAUCCGUGGAUGCUGCUGGGAAAGCCGCGGUGUACGGGAGCGCCGGGGCCGACGCCAAGUACAAGGGGCAGAACGGGGAUUUCUCGCCCGCCAGCGUGCUGGCAGCCAGCAGACCUGCCCACGGCAGCCCCCAGUACGGCGGACCCACCAACACCUUCACGGUCAGGCCCGGGACACGCCAGCCCAUCUCCUACGCCUACCAGAGCAGCCACCGGUAGGCUCGUCCCCAGGGCUGCUCGGCCACCUGCACCCGGCUGGGAAGGGAGGAGAAGGUGCCUGGCAUGGUCCUUUCCUUCUCCGUGGGCCCCAGGGACGGUCCCAACCCAGCCAGCAAACGUGCUGCUUGAAACUGCUGCUGGAGAAGGUGGGGGAUGACCCUGGGGCUCGGACUUUUGUCUCAAAAGACUGUCAUGGAGAGUAAGUUACUGCAGACAGGCCACUGCCUUAUUACCUGAGCAAAUGUGGUUUGCCUUUUUCCCCAUUUUCCCCUUGGAUUAUUUUCAGAAUUGCAGCCUGAUAGGUUGUCUAAGAAAGCCAAAGAGCGUCCUUAGUUCUCUUUGAAGAGCAUCACCACUGGAAACGUUGGUUUGGGAUUGGUUUUUUUUGAGUUGGUUUAACUCCAACAUGCUUGGCAGUAGGGAGAAACCAACUGGGAGAUGUGCAUUAUGGAAGCAAGCCAGUGUAUAGCUCAGGGUAGGGGGAUUAAAAUAAAGUGUGUGAGGCCAAUGGGAUAGAAAGAGAGUUUAGGAUGUCCAGAUCCUGACCUCUUCCAUCCCCACCUCCUUCAACAGCCUGGAGCAAAUCAAUUAUGCUGAUGCCUUAAAACAGCUCCUGGCUGUCAGGGCCUGUCCUCCUCUUCCAGGGAGCAGCUUUGGGAGCAGGGGCCUUGCUUUGCUGUGCCUUUUGGUCACUGGAAAUGUCUCUGUUGGCAAUUAUUCCUCGUGGAAGGAGGCUGUGAGGCCUGGAUGGACGGCUCUAAAGCCCUUUGGAGACUUAGGACGUGGAGCAAUCCUUCUUUUCUUUUCAGCUGGUGGGUGCCAGUGACUUGCCAAGGUGCUGUGCUGGUGGUGCUUCCCCUGAGGGGUCUCUUGCCACUUCGUACCCAUGUAACCCCCACCCCUAAAAGCUCAGCCACAGCGUCCUUGUAAAUGCUCUGCUGAGACUUGGCUUUAGUUUGCCUGAUUUGGGGACUAAGCAGCCAAAUUUCAGUGUGAUGUAGGGUAGUUACAGUCCUUGUGGGGGGUGGCUGCAGUGACAUCCCUGAGGGAGCUGGCUCCCACUGCUUCCAUAGGUGCUGGAUGUGCCUGUGCCUGCUUCCUGCUGCUGCCUCUGAAGGAGCUGGUUGUGGCUGUGCAGAGGGUGGGAGAUACAAGAAGCCUUAAAGAUAAAAGGUAUUUUAUACUCCAGAGUGAGCAGUCUCACAAUAGCUGACCAAAGCUUUGAAUAACCAGCUUCCUGAAACUAGAAAUAAAAGCUCUUCCUCGUAGGUAAACUUGCUGAAAAUCUCUGUAAGAUAACUGUAAAAACUUGUAGAGAAUGUUGUCUGAUCACUGACAAACUAAAAGCACUUUGAGACAUUAGUCUAUUUUUAUGGAAAGCACUUUCUAUUUUCAAUGCUAUAAAUUAGUUCCACUCCAGCUUAUCCUGCCUGGCACACACCUCUACAUGUGCCUGUAAGCAGAUUUUGCUCUACAAUUCAACUGGAAUUCAGUGAUAAAUAUUCCUUCAUGGUGGAAUUUUCAAAAGUUAUCUUGAUAUUCGUGUCAUGUCAUUGGCAUUCUAUGUUAUUUCCAGUUUUACCCAGUGAUUUAACAGCCCUUUCAGAUACUGCAGCAGCUUCAAAGUAUUCUGAACUUUACUUUGCUGUGAAUAAAAUGAAAAUGCAAAUACCAUAAUCAGUCUAAUAGCUAAUUUAAAGGGCAUUUUAUGCCAGUAAGUCGCAGUGACUUGGAAGAUUUCCAGUGCUCACCGCAGCCAACAUUGAAAUAAUUGGCUUUAAAUAUCUGGGUGUUGGUUUAAAAAGAAAAAUGUUUAUGGAGAAGAGUGAUUUUGGAGUAACUCUGUGGAUAUUGAAGUGUGCCAGGUGUCAUGUGGAAUAACCCCAACCCCAAAACAUGGAAGUUUCUCCAUGCAAGGAGUAUCUUGAGGAUUCUUAAUGAUCUGUGGAAGUAAAACUGUGGCCCUGCUUGAGUGGCUUCAGGGUCAUGUUUUAGUACUGGAUGAAGCUUCACCAGUUAAACUUGAAAGAAAACAAAGAAGCUUCUCUGAUAAUAUUGCAACCUAAUUUUUUUCUUCCUGAUAAUUUAUUAUUUUGAAAAAAAGUAUAACUGCAAGUUAGUUCUCAAAAGCAGUUUUAAAUUUAAAGGCUUGUUGGGAGAUUUUGGGCCUCCAAGAUUGAUUUUUGCCCACUAUAGGUCUGGAGAAGUGUGGGGGGUGUGCACUUUUCCACCUCAUGAAUUCUAAAUUUGAGCAUAUCCUCAAGUUUUUAGAGCAAAAUGUGACACUCCAAUGUCACACUUACUAUUUCAACCCAGACACACAAUUCAGAUGGAGUUGUUAGAUGAUGUCACAGAGCAGGGAGUGUCUCAUUCCUAGCAGACAUAUUUGUAUAAAUUAACUAUUAGAAGCAUGAUAAUGUAAACCAGCCUUAUAAAUCAGCCAUUAUUCAUUCCAGAACACCCAUUCUGGGAAUGCACAGUGGACUGAGCUGCCACUAACUCAGGCUGGACUCUGCUCCCAGUUGUAAAACUGGUUAGCACACGUUUUAAGCAGUGGAACUCUCCUAUUCUUCAGACACUUUGGGCUAUCCCUGCUUCUUUUGAAUGCAUUUUCAAUGCAUUCAGCAUUCCAGUGUUUCAGUAACAACCAGGACAUUUCUGUCGGGCCGUUGGGAACUGUGUGACAAAGGAGCCACUGUCAGAGCUGUUGGCAGCCACAGCACUUGGGGACAAAGGGAAGUCUCUGAUGAAGAGCAAGGGCUGCAGGGACGGGGAAGAGCUCCCCCUUCCUGGGGCAGGUGACUCUGUCAGGUACGUGGAUAAACUGUACUUGGAUUCCUGUCCCUGCUCCUCCCCAGCUGGUUCCCUGUGUAAAUUCAGCAACAGGAGAUGAAGAA